AGGAGUGGUCUGGUCCAGGAUCAGUCCAGGUGUGGAGUGUGUGAGCAGCUUCUGACAGAUCCAGUCUCGAUCACCUGUGGACACAGUUUCUGCAGACAGUGUAUCAGCAGCUACUGGGACAAAACUGCUCUGUCAGAAGACUUUAUCUGUCCCUGUUGUAGAAAGAGAUCUAGAACACGUCCUGCUCUACAUCCACACAUAGAGGAGUCUAUAAAUCAGGAUUCCUACCAACCAGUGGAUGAUGUUCUGCAGAGAGUCUUACAGAAACACAGAACCAGCAUGAAGAACAGAUACGAGAGCUUAUAUGAGGGAAUCAAAACACCAGAGAAUAGAACCCUCCUGAACAGGAUUUACACUCAGCUCUACAUCAUAGAGGGAGAGAGUGAAGUAGUGAAUAAAGAACAUGAGGUUCUACAGAUGGAGAAAAAAUCCAGCAGAUACUUACAGAACACUCCAAUCAACUGCUCAAAUAUCUUUAAACCUGCGAUGGACAGUGGCCUCAGACAAAGCAAAAGUGUAGACGAUAAAGAUAUCAGAACUGUGCUGACUAAAGGAAUUGCUGGAAUUGGGAAAACUGUCUCUGUGCAGAAGUUUAUUCUGGACUGGGCUGAAGGAAAGACCAAUCAAGAUGUAGAUUUCAUGUUUGUGUUCCCAUUCCGAGAGCUGAACCUGAUUAAAGAUGAUCAGUACAGUCUUCAUACACUUCUGUGUGCCUUUCACCCUGAUCUCAAAGAUCUGGACCCUAAGAUCUAUGAUAUGUGCAGAGUUGUGUUCAUCUUUGAUGGACUGGAUGAAAGCAGAAUUCCUCUGAACUUUGAGGGGUGUGAGAAAGUAUCUGACGUAACCAUGACAUCAUCAGUUGAUGUGUUGAUGACAAACCUUCUCAAAGGAGAGCUGCUGUCUUCUGCUCACAUCUGGAUAACCUCCCGUCCAGCAGCAGCCAAUCAGAUUCCUCCUCGGUACAUCAGCCGUGUGACAGAAAUUCAGGGUUUUGAUGACCCACAAAAGGAGGAGUACUUCAGGAAGAAGAUCAGUGACCAAGACAAAGCCCAGAAAAUCAUCUCCCACAUUAAGACAGUGAGCAAGCUCCACAUCAUGUGCAACAUUCCAAUCUUCUGCUGGAUCUCAGCCACUGUGCUUCAGCCAAUCCUGAGACAGAGUAGCAAAGAAAUCCCUAAAACUCUGACUGAAAUGUACUGCCACUUCCUGAUCACUCAGGCCAACAUUAAGAAUGAGAAGUAUGAGGGAAGCUGUGAUAGGGAUACAGUGGAAUUGCUGGAGUCCAACAGAACUGUGCUUCUGAAACUGGCUGAAUUGGCUUUUAAUCAGCUGAUGAAGGGAAACGUGAUGUUCUUUGAAGAGGACCUGAGAGAGAGCGGUAUUGAUCUCACAGAAGCCUCAGUGUACUCUGGGAUCUUGAGGGAGGAAUGUGUGCUUUAUCAGAGGAAGGUCUACAGCUUUGUUCAUCUGAGCUUUCAGGAGUUUCUGGCUGCUCUCUAUGUAUUUCACUGCUACUUGAUCAAGAACAUGGAGGUACUGAAGGUUUUUAUUCCAUUGGACAGUGGAUGGCCUGAAAAUGUUUCACUGGAUGUGCUCUUAACGGAAGUGAUGAAUAACGUCUCAAUGAGUCAGAAUGGACACCUUGAUCUGUUCUAUCGUUUCCUGCUGGGCAUCUCACUGGAGUCCAGUCAGAAGAUCCUACAGGGUUUCCUGAUCCACACAGAGAGCAGCUCAGAGAGCAUCAACAAAACAGUGCAGCACAUCAAAGAGAAAAUGGGAGAAGACCUUCCUAAUGACAGGGCUAAUAACCUUUGCCUCUGUCUGACUGAAAUGAAUGACCAGCCUUUUUUCAGAAAGAUUCGGGAGCUCUCAAAAUCAGAGAAACCCUCAGAAUAUAAAAUGUCCGCUACAGAGUGUUCAGCUCUGUGCUGCAUGCUGCAGAUGUCAGAGGAGGUGAAGGAUGAAUUAGAUCUGAAGAAAUACAGCAAUUCAUGUAAGGCUUAUGUAAAACUGCUUCCAGCUGUGAAGAACUGCAGAAAGGCUCUACUAGAAGAGUGUAAUCUCACCAUGAACCACUGUGAAACUCUCAGCUCUGUUCUGAAAUCAGAAAACUCCCUUAUAGAGCUGAACCUCAGUAACAAUUACCUGCAAGAUUCAGGAGUGGAGCUGCUCUCUGCUGGACUUAAGAGUUUACACUGUAAACUGGAGACACUCAGAUUUGCUUCAUGUAAUCUUGGGAUAAAGACAUGUGAAAUUCUGGGAUCAGUUUUAAACCUGGAAAACUCCACCCUGACACAUUUGGACCUUAGUAACAACGACCUGCAGGAUUCAGGAGGGGAGCUGCUCUCAGCUGGACUAAAGAGUUCAAACUGUAAACUGCAGGUCCUCAGACUAGCUUCAUGUAAUCUUGGGAUAAAAACAUGUGAAAUUCUGAGAUCAGUUUUAAACCUGGCAAACACCUCCCUGAUACAGCUGGACCUUAGUAACAAUGACCUGCAGGAUUCAAGAGUGGAGCUGCUCUCAGCUGGACUAAAGAGUUCACACUGUAAACUGCAGAUUCUCAAGUUAUCUGGUUGCAUGGUCACAGAUAAAGGCUGUUCUUCUCUGGCUGCAGCACUCAGUUUAAACCCCUCUCAUCUAAAGGAACUGGAUCUGACCUACAAUCACCCAGGAGAGUCAGGAGUAAAGCUGCUGUCUGCUAGACUAGAGGAUUCCCAACACACACUCAGGAGACUUGGAGUGGAACAUGAAGGGAAAAUCAGAAUCAAACCAGGACUAAAUAAAUAUGGCUGUGAUCUCACACUGGACCCAAACACAGCAUACAUUCGUCUGUCUCUGAGUGAGGGGAACAGGAAGGCAGUGUGGGGAGAGGAGCAGCCGUAUCCUGAUCAUGCAGAGAGGUUUGAUGUGUGCUGGCAGGUUCUGAGUAGAGAGAGUGUUACUGGGCGCUGUUACUGGGAGGCUGAGUGGAGCGGGAGAGGAGCUGCUGUAGCUCUGAGUUAUAAAACCAUCAGCAGGAAAGGAGGAGGACCGGACUGUCGGUUUGGAGAGAAUGAAAACUCCUGGAGGCUGAGCUGCUCUAAUAACAGAUACUCUGUUUAUCACAAUAAUAACAGAACUGAUCUCACCUGUCCUCCCUCCGGCUGUAGGAGAGUAGGAGUGUAUGUGGACUGUCCAGCCGGCACUCUGUCCUUCUACAGAGUCUCCCCUGAUACACACACACUCACACACUUACACACAUUCAACACCACAUUCACUCAGAGCAUCUACGCAGGGUUUUAUGUUUCAGAUGUUGGCUCCUCAGUGCGUGUGAUAUAGGAUAGCCAACUGUGGGUGUGUGUUCACUGUACAAUUCACUGAACCUGAAUGGAGGUCCGUACGUUUUUUAUUAUAAUCACAUGUGUACCGUGUACUUGUGUGUCCUCCAUUGUUACUUACGCUCGCCUUAACACUUGGGUCAUUUAUGGGACACAUUUUAGAAUGUGUAGAACAUUGUGUAAAUUUAAAAGAAUGUUUAAAGAUAAGAUGAUAAGCACUUGUAAAUAUGAGGAAUGAUCUAUUAAUGAUGGAAGGCUUCAAUAUGUUGAUUAACAUUUUGACAUUCUUCUGUAUUAUUUAUGUGUAAGAUUUGACUGUAUAAGAUUUAAAAAGGGUCUAUGAUCAGGAGAUCGCUGGUUCAAAACCUGUUUGUGAAGCUUGCCAUCGGUCACCGGAGCCCUGAGAGAGCAAAGUUGGUCUUGCUCUCUCUCUGGGUGGGUACAGUAGAUGGCACCCUCUCCCCUCAUCACUCCUAGGGUGAUGUGGAUCAGCCCAGGGCUGCAUCUGUGAGCUGAUGUAUCAGAACCGAGUCUAUUAUCUUUUUUCUCUUUUCUUCUUUUUUUGUGUGAAAUCAUGUGUGCACUUAAUGUUUUUCAUUACUGUUUUUAUUGUCACUUUGCAUAAAAGUGUGUAACUUUUAUAAACCGAAAUAUACUAAAGUAAAACAAAAAAACUCACUGACAAUAACUAGUAGUAGUACACUGCUAGUUUUAUUUAUCAUUGAGGAAAACCUACUGCACACAGAUUUUGUAUUUGUAGCCACAUGUACAGUUUAUGAGUAAUUUUGUCUAUAAAUGUACUUUGGUUUAAUUUAUGUAUGGGAACCUUUUAAAUGUACACAGAUUGGUUAUUAGAGGCCUACAG